AUGGAAGACGGCGAGGAUACCGUCAUGGGUGAUUCCCAUACCUUCCCGGCGCUGAGUUCGAAUCAGCCACGAGCUCAAACGCUCCUCACACAUCUUGGGAGCCAUCCUACUCCGACUCUUACGCCUUCUCACAACCCCCAAGCUACAGCUUCUUCAUCACCUGGGUCUGAUCAAUCCCAAUCCCGAGGCUCUGGAAUGGGCCCCCCUGAUCGUUUGGCAAAGACCAGCGACACAGGAAGCUCAUCGGCCGAUCAAUUCUCCAGGCUUGACAGUCUUGUCGAGCCCAACUCGGACUGGGAAGACGAAGACAUGGCUAAGCCGGGCCUUCCCCUUGCGUCGCUUGCGACGGGUCUUUGCUAUGAUCAUCGCAUGCGCUACCACUGUGAGGUCAGCCCGGAAAGUGACGUUCACCCAGAAGAUCCCAGGCGUAUCUACUACAUCUACAAGGAGCUUUGUCGCGCUGGUCUCGUCGACGAUGAAGAGUCAGCUCGGCCUUUAGCGCCCAAAACCCUCGAGCGCAUCCCCGUGCGUGAUGCGACUGAAGAGGAAAUCACUACUGUUCACACCGAUGCGCACUACGCUUUUGUCCGAAGCACUCGAGACAUGCCCAAUGAGGAGCUUAUUCGCCUUGAGAGGUCGCGCGAUUCAAUUUAUUUCAACAAGUUGACAUUUGCUUCUUCCUUGCUCUCCGCUGGUGGGGCUAUUGAGACAUGCAUGGCUGUUGCCCAACGUCGUGUGAAAAAUGCCAUAGCUGUGAUUCGCCCACCUGGCCAUCAUGCCGAGGUUGAUAAAGCAAUGGGAUUCUGUCUGUUCAACAACGUCUCGGUUGCAGCGCGUGUCUGCCAAGACAAAUUAGGAGAUGCAUGCCGGAAGAUUAUGAUUCUGGACUGGGAUGUUCAUCACGGUAACGGUAUCCAGGAAGCUUUCUACAGCGACCCGAAUGUUCUAUACGUCUCUAUCCACGUUUUCCAAGGCGGUCGUUUCUAUCCCAAUGGACCUGCAGGAGAUUGGGAUAAGUGUGGUGAAGGCGCUGGACUUGGAAGGAAUGUGAACAUUCCAUGGCCUUCUCAGGGUAUGGGAGAUGGCGACUACAUGUAUGCCUUCCAAGAAGUCGUGAUGCCUAUUGCGCAAGAAUUCGACCCUGAUUUAGUGAUCAUUGCGGCCGGAUUUGAUGCUGCCGCUGGUGAUGUCUUGGGCGGCUGCUUUGUCUCGCCGCCUUGCUAUGCCCAGAUGACACACAUGCUCAUGACACUCUCGAAUGGAAAGCUUGCAGUCUGCUUGGAGGGUGGAUACAACUUCAAGUCUAUCUCCAAGUCCGCUCUCGAUGUGACGAAGACUCUUAUGGGCGAGCCACCUGGUCGUCUGACGGGCACUGCCCCGACAAAGGCUGCAAUUGAGACUGUACGCCGAGUAAGAAGCAUUCAGGCCAAUUACUGGUCCCGCCUUUACCCCAAGAACACCGUUCAGCAAAUUCACGGUGACCGACUCCAUGAUCUCCUCCGCAUCUUUCAGUCCAACCAGCUGUAUGAAAACUGCAAGCUCACACCUCUCUACGUCUAUCGCACAGCCAUUUCACAGUCAUUUGACAACCAAGUCCUGGCUAGUCCAAACUAUACCCAGGCCGUUCCACUUGUUGUGAUCUUCCAUGACCCGCCCGAGAUUAUGGGACAGGCUCACCCCGUGACCAAUAAGAUGGAAGUCCACAAUGUCUGGCUGGCUGAUUCUCUGAAGGGCUACAUUAAGUGGAUAUGUGACAAAGGUUAUGGGGUCAUUGAUGUCAACAUUCCCAAGCAUGUCACUCGUGAAUCGACAUUCGGUCGUUACGAAGGCGAGGACGACGACCGCCCAACUGCCACUGAGGAGUUGGCCGCAUACCUGUGGGACAACUACAUCGAUGCAAACCAAGCCACAGAGAUAUUCCUUCUGGGCGUCGGCAAUGCCUUCCACGGCGUUGUGAACCUCUUGAUCAACCGAGGUUCGUACUGUCCUAUACAACUUCAUGAAAGAAUGCUAACAAUCCCAGAAAACCUUUACAAGCGCGUGAAUGGAGUCGUGUCCUUUGUGUCAGAGAAUCCAGUUCGCGCAGUCGCUUCCCACACCCAGACCUGGCUAUCGAAAUGGUACCGCGAGAAUUCGCUGGUAUUUGUCGCAAGCUCCCAUGGUAUCUGGAACAAAGACCUACGGCGUCCAUCGAAGCGAUAUGGAACACUGGUUCAAUCUUCGGCAUCGGAUUUGAAUGAAAUGCUCGAUCUGCAUAAGGAGGCUGUUUUCGAAUGGAUCUCUGAGCGGGCCGAUGGAGCCGAUGAGGAGACUGGGGAUGAAGAUGCUUGA